AGAGAGACAGAGGGAGGCAGAGAGCCAGAGACAAAUGGAGGAGAUCAACAGACUCAAACAACUGGUGGAUCUGCUGAUAACGCAACUACAACUGGCCCAGCAAGAGAUAGCGAUAUUGAGGCUAUGGCAGAAAGUCAUGGAAUAUCAGCGACCAAGACUGGCCUGGAACAACAAACCUAUUGAGACGGAAAGACAGAGUGAAAGACAGAGGGAAAGGGAGAGAAAAGCAGAAUUGGAGAGACAAGAAAUGAAGGAGAAAGUGAAACAGGCAGAGGAAACAAUAAAAGCGUUAGAACGAGAGAUUGAGAGAUUGAAAGAGAUUGAACAGGAAAUAGCAUUUGAAAGAAAAAGAGACAUGCGUAUUGCAGAGAAUGAGGAAGUCAAACAGGUUAACAAAAAGGUAAAAGAGUUAGAGAGAGAGGUUGAGAGAUUGAAAGAAGACAUGACAACAAAAGAGAUUCAAUACAAAAUAAAAUUUCAAAGAGCGAAAGAAGCGUUUAGAAGACAGAAUGAAAGAGUGAAACAGGUUAACAAAAAUGUACUAGUGUUAGACAGAGAGGUUGCGAGAAUGAAAGAAGAGAUUACAUUGAAAGAUGAGACUGGACCAGAGAGAAAAUUUGAUAGAGACAGAGAGAGAGAUGAAGAGAGACAGAGAGAGAUUGAAAGAAAGCAUGAAGAAGAAAGAUUUAAACAGCAAAUAGAGAUGGAAGAGGAAGAACAUGAAGAAGAAAGAUGUAAACAGCAAAUAGAGAUGGAAGAGGAAGAAAGGGAG